CCGCGCAUGCGCACAGUGGCAGAGUCGGGACGGCGCUGGGUUUCUGAAGAUGGCGACGGACAUCCCCAAAACCGCAGCCCAGGCGUACCGGCCCAACAAGUACGUGUCCCUGCCGGCCGAACUCGACCCCGAGACCUACGACGCAUCACCGGAGAAACGCCGCGCCGAGGCCGAGCGCUUGGCCAUCCGCGCCCGCCUCAAGCGGCAGUACCUGCUGCAGCUCAACGACCCCAACAGACCCGCCAUCAUCGAGGAUCCGGCCUUGCUUCGCUGGGCCUAUGCGAGAACGCACAAUGUCUACCCAACUUUCCGCCCGACGCCUAAGACGUCCUUUCUAGGAGCUGUGUAUGCCUUAGGCCCUAUUCUCUUAUUGUGUGCUGCCUUCAAAUUUGACAGGGAUCGUAGAGAGAAGCUUAUCCAAGAAGGUAAAUUCGAGCGGCCGUUCAGUGUAUUUUAAGUUCCUGGAACUGCAGUGCUGAUCAUGGGGUAUAAAUAAAUUAAGAUGUAUUGUGUAGUGACAUUUCUCCUUCAUGAGAAUAAAUCUUAACUGCUCA